GGCGGCGCGAGGCGGCGGCGGGAGCCAUGAAGCUGAACGUGGACGGGCUCCUCGUGCUGUUCCCCUACGAGUUCAUCUACCCCGAGCAGUUCUCCUACAUGCUGGAGCUCAAGCGCACCCUGGACGCCAAGGGCCACGGGGUGCUGGAGAUGCCGUCGGGGACGGGCAAGACGGUGUCGCUGCUGGCGCUGAUCAUCGCCUACCAGCGGGCCCACCCCCUGGACGUGUCCAAGCUGAUUUACUGCUCCCGCACCGUGCCCGAGAUCGAGAAGGUGGUGGAGGAGCUGCGGAAGCUUCUGGAAUGUUACGAGCGGGAGCUGGGGGAGCCCCUGCCCUGCCUGGCGCUGGCGCUGAGCUCCCGCAAGAACCUCUGCGUGCACCCCGAGGUCUCGGCCCUGCGCUACGGCAAGGAGGUCGACAGCCGCUGCCUGGCCCUGACGGCCUCGUACCUGCGGGACCCCCCCGAGGGCGCCCGGCCCAGCUGCUCCUUCUUCCAGGAGUUCGAGGCGCGGGGCCGGCAGAGCCCCCUCCCCUUCGGGGUUCACAACCUGGACGAUCUGCGGGCGCUCUGGCGCCAGCGCGGCCUCUGCCCCUACUUCAUGGCCAGGGCGUCGCUGGCCCAUGCCAACGUGGUGGUGUACAGCUACCAUUACCUGCUGGACCCCAAGAUCGCCGGGCUGGUGUCGGCCGAGCUCGCGCGCUCCUCGGUCGUGGUGUUCGAUGAGGCUCACAACAUCGACAACGUUUGCAUCGAGGCCAUGGGAGUGACCAUCACCCGCCGGACCCUCGACCGCUGCCAGGCCAACGUGGCCACUCUGCAGAGCCACGUCCAGCGGAUCAAGGAGUCGGACUCGCGCCGCCUGGCCGAGGAGUACCGGCGAUUGGUGCAGGGGCUGCGCGAGGCCGGCGCCGCCCGCGACUCCGACCUGUUCCUGGCCAACCCCGUCCUGCCCGACGAGAUCCUGCAGGAGGCCGUUCCCGGCAGCAUCCACACAGCCGAGCACUUUGUGGGGUUCCUAUGGGAUUCUCGGGGACCCCGAGUGCAGCAGCUGAGCCCCCCGGCCUUCCUGAGGGAGCUGCGGGACAGGGUCUGCAUCGACCGCAAACCCCUCAGGUUCUGUGCCGAGCGCCUGCACUCCCUGCUCCGCACCCUCGCCCUCCCCGACGUCGCCGAUUUCUCCCCCAUCACCCUCGUGGCCAAUUUCGCCACCUUGGUCAGCACCUACAGCAAAGGUUUCACCAUCAUCAUCGAACCCUUCGACGAUCGCACCCCGAGCAUCGCCAACCCCGUGCUGCACUUCAGCUGCCUGGACGCCUCCAUCGCCAUCCGGCCGGUGUUCGAGCGCUUCCAGUCGGUCAUCGUCACCUCGGGG